AUUGAUUAGUUUGGUUGGACUCCCUCCCCCUUUUUAAGUUACAAUAUUUACGUGACGGAGGAAGUACAGUGUACUUAUAGAACUUAUGUUUCUUGUAAACUAACAUGUUAUCUUUCCAAAUGUAUUUCACAUUUUGUAGUUUUGUUAUUUUAAGCUCAUUUGCACAGGAAUUAAAACACAACCCUGUUGGGACCAAGCCAGUCCGACUUUUUACAGACGAGGAUUUAGCAAAAUACCAUGGGCAGGAGGAUGGUCAGCCAAUUUACAUGGCUGUAAAGGGCGUUGUCUUUGAUGUCUCUUCAGGAAAAGACUUUUAUGGGAAAGAUGCCCCGUACAAUGCACUGGUUGGGAAGGACUCCACGAGAGCUGUGGCGAAGAUGUCUCUUGAACCCGAUGACCUCACAUCUGACACUAGUGGACUUACUGAAGAGCAGAUGAAGUCUCUUGAAGACAUUUUCCUAAACGUGUAUAAAGCUAAAUAUCCAAUUGUCGGCUACACUUCCAGACGCAUUCUCAAUGAAGAUGGCACCCCAAACAAAAACUUCAAACCUGAAGAUCAGCCAAACCUUACCAUCAAGGAUGAAUUCUAACACUGCAGUACUUUCGAUGCAAAUGUGGUGGUUUUUAUAUUAUUAUUAUUAUUAUUUAAAACACAUUUUUACUGUAGUAUCUCUAACCUGCUGUGGUUCAUUGAGGACAUGGGGUGAAAAAAUUAAAAGGAGUACACUUUUUUCUGUACUUCAAGAGCCACUGUACUAAAGAUGACUUUGAAUGUUGUAUCACAAAAGAAGAAUUUGGCACAGUAGACCCCGAAAUUGAGUUUACUGUUUGGGAAAUCCCUGCACUAUUAAUUGAAAACUCAAAAAAAUGCAAUAAUACAGAUAAAAUAUAAUGUCCCAACAACGGUCAAGAGAUAUACUGUACAUAAUCAGCGUUGUUCAGAGGCAGAGAGAGCUGGUUUAAAAAAGUCACCGAUCUUUAAUUGUCGUAACUGCUCUUCAUAUUCAGACUGCCAGGCUAAGAGAGUCUUAAGUCUGCUUUCUGCUCCCUUGUCACUGGUUUCUGUAACUGUAAUACAGUGCUGUCCGUUGGCUUGCACUAUACUGUACUCAGAUCUGCCUCAGCGGGUUAAAGUUGUGAACCAUUUAUGUAAUUGCUUAGUGUUAGACAGAUGUAGGCAGUAAACGCAUACUGUCGUGGGUGAGGUGGCAGUGGUAAUUGCACCUUUAGACAGAAUGUUGUUGAGAGCUGGUAACUAGUAUCACUGAUUGAUAUUGUCUGGAAAAAGAUGCGAUAACAAAUGUUGAUUUUGCAGCUCAUAUUGCAAAUCACCAUUUGAAAGCAGUAGUGAAAAUGGGGAAAAUACUUCAGAAAACCACAUUAAUAGCUCCAAAAAGCAAUUAUGGUUGCAUUUCUAAAUAUAUUUUCCCACUAUAGUUGUACACAGUGUAAAAACAGUACUGUGAGAUACUGUGUAAAAGUCAAAGGGUAAGUUAAAAAGACUAAUAAAUACUUGUGUGAGAUUCUGUGUUUAAGAUACUACACUAACCAAAAAUUCUGCUCUGACCUCAUUUUGUACAAUUUUUUUGAAUUAUUUGUAUAUUAUGUUCUUUGUCUAAAACCACUUUUUGAUAUAUUGUUUUGUAAAAUCUGAGGGUAAUCACAAUAAAUAGUAUCAUUUAUACAAAUUUAUACAAAGUUUUUGUUUAAAACUACAAUAAUUGCCUUAUGAAACUUAAGUAACUUUAUUCAAGUAGAAAAGUUUGAAACAUGUUAGAAGUUGCUUUACUACUAUAAAAAAAUGUAAAGCCUAAAAACGUUUUAAAGGUUAAAGGGCCAUUUCUUUUAUUUAAUUACCUUGAGUAACCUAUUGUUUUGUUCAAUCUACCAUUUCUAAUAAACUAAUUAAUUAAUUUUGAA